AGUAACUGUUCCACUGAGGGUGGGGGGAAUGGCGCGACGGGGCGCCUGAGAGCAUGCGCACUAUCGCCCUCCAUUCCUCUUUAUCUUGGGUCGAGGCGUACUACGGAGCUGCUGCCCCGGAGUCCAGGCGGACUGAAGGGGAGGGGCCUGGCUUGAGCCCACCCUGCUCCCGUGGGGGAGGUGGCUAUGUCUGCUGAGGCCACAACAGAUUCAUCCCCAUCCCUGGAGAAUUGUGCUCCGCUGGUCCCAACCCAGCACCGACGGGAUGGCAGGGGUGGGGUAAAUGAGGUGACUUUGGAUCUCAAGCCCCUGAACCCCAGCAGCAAGUAUGUCAAGCUGAAUGUGGGAGGAUCUCUGCAUUACACCACCGUGCAAACCUUGACCAAGCAAGAUACCAUGCUCAAAGCCAUGUUCAGUGGCCGAAUGGAAGUCCUCACAGAUAGUGAAGGUUGGAUCUUGAUUGACCGAAGCGGCCGCCAUUUUGGAACUAUUUUGAAUUAUUUGCGAGAUGGUUCAGUAUCUCUUCCAGAAUCACAACGGGAGCUGGAGGAAGUCUUGUGUGAAGCCCGGUACUAUCUGAUCCAAGGUUUGGUUGAGGACUGCCAGCUUGCACUACAGCAAAAAAGUGAAGCCUAUGACCCUCUCUGCCAUAUCCCCAUGGUGACAUCUCCCAAGGAAGAGCAGCAGAUCAUCUCAAGAUGUUCCAAGCCUGUGGUGAAAUUACUGCAUAACAGAAGUAAUAACAAGUAUUCCUAUACCAGUAACUCUGAUGACAACUUACUGAAGAAUAUCGAACUGUUUGACAAACUAGCUCUGAGGUUCAACGGACGGGUGCUUUUCAUCAAAGACGUUCUUGGGGAUGAGAUCUGCUGCUGGUCAUUUUAUGGGCAGGGCCGCAAGAUUGCGGAGGUUUGCUGUACUUCCAUUGUCUAUGCCACUGAAAAGAAGCAAACCAAGGUCGAGUUUCCCGAAGCCCGGAUCUUUGAAGAAACGCUAAACAUCCUGAUCUAUGAGACACCCCGGGUGCCAGACAAGGCCCUCCUGGAGGCCACUGGGGGAGUUGCAGGUGGAGGCGGAGGCCCCCUCCGUGCUGGUGAUGAUGAAGAUGGACGGGAGCACCGUGUCCGGCGCAUUCACGUCCGCAGGCACAUUAUGCAUGAUGAACGCCCUCAUGGCCACCAGGCUGUUUUCAAAGACUGAUCCAGCCUUGUUUUCGGGGUCUUCAACACUCCAAUUUUUCCGUGCCAAAGGAGGACCGUUUUCCUUUUGAUAUUUCACCCAAGAGGUCCUCUAUGGUGUUUGUGCUCUUUUUUUAAUGUUUGGAGUUUUUAAAAAAUAAUAAUCAUCCUAUUUCUUUGUAACUAAUUUGAGCACAUCUUCCCCUUCUCGCCUACUUUUAUUGUGACAAUAAAAGGCCUUGGUCUGUCCUAUAAUUGAUUGGAAUGUUCUAAUUAUUGAUUUGAGUCUUAAUAUCCGACCUUGUCUCCCCAGCCAGCCCAAUCAGUCUGCCUUGUAAUCCUCACAGUACACAGAGAUUAAGAUUGUGGUCCUCUCUUCAUAACUUCUUUAAUCUGACCGCUUUCCUUUCAGAAAGGAGACUUCCAUUUAGCUCUUCUAGUCAGGUGGCUUUAUGGUUCCUUAAAGGCGGCUAUAAACUUUACAUCCUAUGUCAAAAUACCUAUUUCAAUUUAAUUUUGGACUUAUGUUUCUAAGGACCACCAUUUUGCUACCCAGUCAAUCUAUUUUUCCGUUUCUUUUUCAGCUGUGUAAGACAAGGUGCUGUCUAGACAAAUGUUGCUUAUCUAGAUUAUAUUAUCAUCUCAGGGGUGUCAAACUGGCGGCCCCGGCCAGGUGCAUCACGCACAGGCUAGGUCCACCCCAGC